AUGUUCUUCAGUCCUGAUACAUACUUUUUCUGGAUCCAUUCAAGGGACUGUGUGCAGGUCCAAAAGAACCUUUCACGCUGCGGACUGAUGCUCACCCUCUCCACAAACCUUGUUUUAUGGAUGACUGAAGUUACAGAGGAGUCCCUUCACCAAACAAUUUCUCCUGAGUUCUCAACCGACCACGCUAAGCUCUCACGACGGCAGCAGUACAUCAAGAGCGCCAGUUAUGGAGAUGACCAGUGUACGUGCAGCCACACUUCCUGUGACAUCUUCAAGGAUGCCUAUUACUACCUGUACCCCUUCAACAUCGAGUACAGCCUCUUUGCCUCCACCAUGGCGUUCGUCAUGUGGAAGAAUGUGGGCCGAGCGGCGCACGAAAGCAACCACCACCACCACCACGCCAGAUUCAGCCUCAAGGAUGUGGUCAUUGGCCUCGUUUUGGGCAUCCUCCUCGUGGCAGCAGGCAUCGCGACCUUCGUUGUGUAUGAAAUCGAUAUGAAAACGAAUUUCUCUGACAAAGAAAGCCAUGACACAGCAUUGAUGAUGCACUUUGUCAUGAACAUAGUCAUUGCGACCACGAUGUGUGUCUGCACCAUCGUCGGAAGCGCUAUCUUCAUGGUGGACCAUAGGGAGCACAUCUCGGAGAAGAACCCCACCCAGAGUCUGGACGUGGGGCUGCUGGUGGGUGCCUCACUGGGGAAAUUCAUUGUUAGUUAUUUCUCCAUUGUUGCCAUGGUUGCAACUGGGGCCAAGGGCCACCUGAACAGGCUCAACUUGAGUUGGGGCAUACUGAUGGUACUCCAGCUCGGCCUACAGAACUUUUUCAUAAUUGUGGGCCUGCACCGGGAGCCCUUUCAUGAGGCUGAACCUGACACAGUGGUUGCAAAUCCAUAUGCGGCGGAGUCCAGCAAAGAUGGAAGCGGACUACAAGUUAGAGACUUAGACCAAAAAUCCAACCCUGACACUGAAGCACGUGGCAACAGUAGAGCAGUGGAAGACAGACACAAACAGCUGUGGAAGAGGCGAGUGUUGAGAGAGAUCUGCGCGUUCCUGCUACUGGGUAACGUCAUACUGUGGAUCAUGCCAGCCUUUGGUGCUCGUCCCCAGUUUGAUCACGACACUGAAACACAGUUCUACCAGUUCAGCAUGUGGGCUGCUGUUGUGAAC